UUCCUAAGAGCAGGAUAAUUUAGCAUGAAAUAGACAAGGAAUAACAAAAGCAACAAAAAAUUCAAGAUCAAUGUGUCCCAUUUUCCCUGAAUUUUAAGGGGACAUACUGGAAAGAAAAGAUCAAAGAAAAAGGGUUUCCGUUUUACCACACAAACAGCUUCAAGUUCUCACUCUCGUUAUACGCCGCCUACCUACGUCAGAGUCCAUUUCUGCUGUUCCCUCUGCCACGGUAUGUGUAUAUACGUUUAUGUAUAAAUACAACUGUUCACGGUCAGCUUUAGCACAGAAAUUACAGUCACACUUAACAUCAAUUCAUUCACUCGGUGUUUAAGCCAUGCCCAUGGAUGCUUCGAUUUCAAAUUUCUCGACCGUUAAGCCUUCAAAUCCCGAACCUAGUGCUGCCGAAGUGGAGAGUUUCAGGCGCUGUGUCGAUGAAAUUUUUCAAAAAGUUGAUAAGCUUGAGCAAAGAGUGAACGAGGUUGAACAAUUUUACUUGAGUAGUACGAGUAAAAAGCAGGGAGGCAGUUCUAAAGGUAGCUCAGUGUUGAAGGAUAAAGAGAAGGAAAGGCAUGUACCUAGCAUUAGGAAGCAGCAGCAAGAAGCAUCGCGGAAAGAGAAGGCUGCUGAGAAGCGAAUGGAAGAGCUUAUGCGUCAAUUUGGCACAAUAUUGCGUCAUAUCACACAGCACAAAUGGGCAUGGCCAUUUAUGCAACCUGUUGAUGUUAAAGGUCUUGGUUUGGAUGAUUACUAUGAGAUUAUUGACAAGCCCAUGGACUUCAGUACAAUAAAAAAACAAAUGGAGGCUAAGGAUUAUAAGAAUGUUCGGGAGAUUUGCACUGAUGUGAGGUUGGUUUUUAAGAAUGCAAUGAAAUAUAAUGACGAGAAAAGUGAUGUCCAUGUUAUGGCAAAAACUUUGUUGGCAAAAUUUGAGGAGAGGUGGCUGCAACUCUUGCCUAAAGUUACUGAAGAGGAAAAAAGACUAGAAGAAGAGGAAGCAGAGGCACAGUUGGAUAUGCAACUUGCACAGGAGGCUGCAAAUGCCAAAAUGGCUAGAGAUAUAAGUAAUGAGCUUCAUGAGGUCGAUAUGCAUUUGGAAGAACUCAGAGAAAUGGUUGUUCAAAAGUGCAGCCACUGUUUCAGAAAAACUUCAACUGAAGAGAAAAGGAAGAUUGGUGUUGCACUUACCAGGUUGUCUCCUGAGGAUCUCAGCAAAGCAUUGGAGAUUGUUGCUCAAAGUAACAUCAGUUUUCAAGCAAAAGCUGAAGAAGUUGACCUUGAUAUUGAUGCUCAGAGUGAAUCCACCUUAUGGAGAUUAAAGUUCUUUGUGAAAGAUGCACUUGAAAGUCAGGGCAAGAGUGCGGCAAGCAUAGGCGGCAAUAACAAUGACAGUAACAGAAACAACAACAAUCAUAGCAACAAUAACAAUAGCAACAACAAAAGGAAAAAAGAGAUUUGUGCUGCUAUUGCCAAAACUGCCAAGAAAAAGAGUAAAAGGCCUUCUUCUUGAUCAUUUCUGAACAUGUCAAAUGGUUUUUGUUUUGGUUGCAUUUUGUUGGAACGAGCCUCCUUGGCAAUGAUCAGAAUCUGGUCUAACAGGUUUGUGGGAGGAAAGGUAGAGCAUCGUUUUGUCGUUGGUUUUGUCCAUGCUUUGUAACUUUAUUCCAAGAACUGAAGCCACACACACUCAUGUCCCGGACUACUUGUAAUAUAAACAGAAAAUGACUAUCAUUUUCUCUUCUAAUUUAGCACCUACUUGGCCUUAUGCAAAGUUGACUGCUAAAUAAGAUACUUCCUCACUUUCUGUGCUUUUGUAACCUGAAGUAACAUCAAAAAUUUCGACUUCCAUAUGCUGGGGGAGAUCUCACAAUCUCGUGCAGGGACCUUCUCUAUUUCUUGUUA